AUGGACCGCCUCACUGCAGCAAACAGUGCCUUUGCCCUCAAUCUGUUCAAGAAGCUAAGUCAAAAUGAUAAUACAGCGAACGUGUUUUUUUCUCCGUUGAGCAUUUCUUCUGCUUUGACGAUGGUUUCUCUGGGUGCAGCAGGGAACACUGCAGCCCAAAUGGCAAAGGUAUAUCCAGAUAAAUACUAUCAAGGGGAGCGGGGAGCUUGAGUUUUGACUCUUAAAUGAGGCAUGCAUGGUGCAUCUUUUUCUCUGUAGCAGGUCAGGCUUAAAUAUGCAUUUACAGUAUUUCACUAUCUUGUUUGCUGAAAGGCAUGAAUUUUUCAACUAAUACAGUUUUUAAGGAGUACGUAGAUAAAUGUAUUUAAAUUACUGUACUUAACAUUAUCCGUUAACCAUUUAUCGUCUUACAGGUGCUGUCUGUGACCAAUGACGUUGAGUUUCACCAGGGAUACGAGAAACUUAUUUCUGAAAUCAACAAGCCAGACACCAAGUACUUGCUUAGGCUAGCCAACAGGCUCUUUGGAGAAACAUCCUAUGAGUUUAUUUCAGUAAGUUACAUGGUUUACAAAUAUGCUAGAGAACAGGAAGUGGUCUCUGUUCAGAUAGUGAACCGUGUUCUGUCGCAGAUCAGAAACGCAGCUAAGCACUCACUAUCCCUUCUGUACUUUCCAGUAAAACCUUCCAUCAAACUGAAAGGGACAUUUGAAUUAGCAGCAGUGAUCAGCUUGAGUCCAGGUGGCAGGUUGUACCAGCCAAUCUACUUGGUGGAUAGAUUCAUUUCUUUCUCUUUUUCCCUGUCCUUACUUGGCACCAGGACAUUAGCUGGGAUAAUAAUAAUAAUAAUAAUAAUAAUAAUAGUAAUAAUAGUAAUACUAUUUAGUAUUUAUACCCUGCCCAUAUGGCUGGGUUUCCCCAGGCACUCUAUGCGGCUCCCAGCAGAACAUUAAAACAGAAGAAAACUACAAACAUUAAAAACUUCCCUAAACAGGUCUGCCUUCAGAUGUUUCUAAAAGUCAUAUAGUUGUUUAUUUCCUUGACAUCUGAUGGGAGGGCGUUCCAAAGGGCAGAUGCCAUUACCGAGAAGGCCGUCUGCCUGGUUCCCUGUAACCUCACUUCUCGCAGGGAGGGAACCACCAGAAGGCCCUCAGCGUCCGGGCUGAACGAUGGGGGUGGAGACGCUCCUUCAACUAUACAGAGCCGAGGCUUGUUAGGGCUUUAAAGGUCAGCUCCAACACUUUUGACUUGUGCAUGGAAACACACUGGGAACCAAUGUAGGUCUUUCAGGACGGGUGUUAUACUGUCUCAUCGGCCACUCUGAAGAUGCACCUCUUUACCCUAUGGCCUAUGUGUUUUCAGAACCCAGGCCAUUGCUGUGACUUUUUAAUAUAUGUAAUACGUACAGAAUUUUGAAUUGUUGUAAUCUGCCAUGGGACCUGGAAGGCAAAGUCCCCCAGCGUUUGCACAGGAGUUCACAGACCAGCACUGCUGCAUUUCCCCAUCUGUUUAUGGGCCUUUGAAUCCAGGUCAUUAUAGAGAAAUGUGUGUUAAUUUUAUGACAUGCUUGUGAGCUUCCAGGGACAGAACGGUAGACUAAGUGGAGCUUUUGCUAGAUCAAGCCAAGAGGAUAAUUACAUUUAAAAAACAACUGUAAUACAACAGGUAGUUGGCACUUUCCAAAGAGUAACCAAAUUUGGAGACAAAUAAGUAUGGCUUACUUAACGUUUUUUCCUCCAUAGAGGAAUGGAAGGAAAAAACACCACAUUGGAAUUCAUUAUCCGCCUGCAUUGAGCAGGACUGAUACAGGGGCAAAUCUUGGUAAGAAUUUAGCAUCCUGCAUACAGACCUUUCCUGUAGGACUCUCAUAUAUAAGAAUAAGACAAUGAUUGCUAUGUGUAUUCUUGAGCAAAAGAAGUUUGUUUGGGUCCGGUUCAGUCCAUCUGUUUUGGCUGAUAGGAAUCUAUUGCACAUGCCAUGAGCUUUUUCUUAUCAACUGAAGUUAAAUUAAGCAGCUGUAUACGUGUUUCACAUCUUUCGGUAUCUGAAAAUGGAAGAAACAUCCUUCUCUCCCUCUCUUUUCUGUGGGACAAAACCUGAAUGAAAUCAAAGUUUGUUUGUAUAUGAUAUAUACAGAUCCAUAUAUAGCUUUUAAUUCUGAAACAUAUUUGUUUAAGUCAUUCAUAGACUCCAGCCAGAAAUUCUAUCGAGCAGGUCUAGAGAAACUAGACUUCAUUAAAGCAUCAGAGGAUUCCAGGAAAUACAUUAAUAAUUGGGUGGAAGAACAGACAGCAAGUGAGUAGCAAAUUCUUGGGCUUCCAUAUUGUCUGAGGUUUACUUCUUAAAAUAUGAGUUUGUGUCUGAAAAAUAUGUACUUAUUAAAACAGCUCUUUAAUCCCUCUUCAAGGUAAAAUCCAAAAUCUGCUCGCCCCAGGACUAAUUGACUCCAGUACAAGGCUGGUCUUGGUGAAUGCUAUCUAUUUCAAGGGAACCUGGGCAAAUCAGUUCUGCAAAGAUCACACUGAGGAAAGGCCGUUCAAAAUUAGCAAGGUAUGAGGUGGGAAAUAAUGUGAAGAACAUCACUGAGCACAGUCUUUAUCGUUUUGAUUAAAUUACAUACAUUGUGAUAUUUGGAGUGUUUCCUCCUUCUGUUUUUUUCUUUCAUCAGUUGACCAGCAAGGAUUUCCCUUCCCACCAUGUCCUAAGGACAUUCUUUUGCAGACACAACAGAGGAUGAACAGUAAACAAGAUGCAGAGCAGCUCAAGCAAUGCAAUAGAGCAAUAGAAAAGAUUAUAUGCUUAAAACGAAAUUCUUCUCCAUUUGCAGAAUGAAAGCAAACCGGUGCAGAUGAUGUUCAAGAAAGCUAAAUUCAACAUGACAUGGAUAUCGGAACUUCGCACCAAAAUUCUCGAGAUUCCUUAUGUUGAUAACGAGCUCAGCAUGAUCAUCCUGCUUCCUGAUGAGAUUGCAGAUAAUUCUACAGGCCUGGAAAAGGUGAGGCAUUGUUGCUGAGAAUAAAACCAUCUAAAUUCUUGCCCAUAAAAAUUGCCCUUGUUGGUACAUGACGAGAGCAUUCUAGCUUCCAGCUUCUACAUGAUUCUUCCAAGUGCCCAGUGUAACUUAUUAUAUUGUUGCCAUCUGUCUGUCUCGAGAGACAAUGGAGUGUGCCUUCAGGGAUGAAGUCAAACCACCAUGCCAGCAGCGCCGAAAUGACCUCCCUGGGAUCAGUGACGGAUUUACGUAUAAGCUAAACAAGCUAUAGCUUAGGGUCCCACUAUUUUGGGGCCCCCCCAAAAAAUGUAAGGGGAAAAAACCUAGAUGUACAUUUCCAAAAUAUAAGAUAAAAAACAAAUAAAAUAAAACCUACACAUAGCAACAGUGUUUUGUGUUGUAUAGGCUCCUAUAAUGUAAGUAAUGCGUCGCGUCUGCCAGCCCUAAAAUAUCACUGGUUUGCUCAUUUCUAUGUAUGUGGUGCCUGCAUUCUGCAUGUGCAAAUGGCUUUAGAUACCUUUUAGGUCCAUAAAUUACUAUACUGUAUAAUAGUUUGGAGAAUUUUCUUCAUUCUUUCAGCUAAAAUAUAGGUAUACAAUUUAUAAACAUUGUUCAACAUGCUGACAGCUUCUAGGAGCCACAGGUGAGAGCUGCGUGCAGGGUAGGAACCAAAGGUGGAUAAAUUACCCCAGAAGGAGCAAUAUAUGUGUAAUAUAGCUGUUUAUAUUUCUAUAAGCAUAGUUAAGUCUGCCAGUGUUCUGUCUUAUUCAGAAAGAUGGAAGGCAUAAAAGCAAGUUGAGCAGAAAGGAAUUCUACCCAGACAGACAGGGCAAUUGUGAAACAAGUUUAAUUGAUGUACAUGGAGUCAUUUGAGUCACUGUGAAUCCAGUGAAAAUGGUUUGAUGUAAGAAAUGUGAGGAUUUAUAUAUGCAGCCAGGAUUUCCUUUUUUCCUUGAAUGCCUUGUAUUUGUCUUAUUUUAGCUGGAGAAAGAAAUGACCUAUGAGAAACUCAAGGAUUGGAUUAACCCUGAGAAGAUGGACCUAACUGAAGUUCAGCUGUCUCUACCCAAAUUUAAACUGGAGGAAAAAUACAACCUGAAGCCUGUUCUGAGCAGCAUGGGGAUGGCUGAGGCGUUUGACCAAAGCAAGGCAGAUUUCUCCAGGAUGUCUCCCAACAAUGACUUGGUUUUGUCUGAGGUUGUUCACAAAUCCUUUGUAGAGGUAAACGAAGAGGGAACUGAGGCCGCUGCUGCUACUGCUGCUGUUAUGAAUGUACUGUGUGCUAGGAUUGUGCCGAGUUUCACAGCCGACCAUCCCUUUCUCUUCUUCAUUCGGCACAACAAAACACAGAGCCUUCUUUUCUAUGGUAGGUUAUGCUCUCCCUGAAGCAAGCUAACUUCUCAGGAAUGUCAAAGAAAAGUGACUUGGCUUUGUCAGAGGUGUAUCACAAGUCCUUUGUGGAGAUCAAUGAAGAGGGUAUUGAGGCAGCAGCUGCCUCAGCAGCCACCGUUGUAAUAAGGUCAUCUCAGCAUCCCAUAAAAUUAGAAGCAAACCACCCUUUCAUCUUCAAGGCAACAAAAAGCACCCUCUUCUUUGGCAGAUUAUUUUUGUCAUAGAAUGGGGUUGCCGAUGCAAUGAACCCACUGGUACCUCCCUGGUAAACACACCCUCAUAAAUAAAAAAUGCAUAAGACAACUUCCUGCCCUUCCUGCUAAUUUAAUGUUGACACUGGCUUUGCCUUUCUUUCUCUCCUCUGCCAACAGCCAUUUUGUGUCAUGCCACACGCCCCAUGGCAGCCAUUUUGUGACUGGCGCCCAUAGCAGUUUCUCAAAAUUCCACAUUUCCUCAUUGGUCCAAAAAGUUUGGCAAUCUGAGUAUAAAUGUUUAGGAGCAUGCUGAAAUACCACAGGCAUCACAUUGAGGCCUAAUGCUGUUUUAGACAUAACCUAUAUAAGCUUUUCUGCCUUCCUUCUGUUACCCAAAUCUGUCUCUGUACAUGACAAGGGUGCAGCAUCACAUUCUUAAUUCUUCUCUAAAUGCCGGUCAUCAUUGUCUGUAAAACAUGCAUUUUAAAGCAAGAAAUGUAGUUUUGAAAAUUAUGUUUCCACUGUGAAAACAGUAGUUUUUUAAAGCUCUUGUCUUCUCUCCCUGUGCUACAUGACACGGAGUGCAGCCCACUUGCAUUAAAAUAAUUGACAACACUCCUGUUUAUUUAUUUUAUAUAUUCAUCAUCUCACCAGCUGGUUAGUACAACGAAAGAGCAAUUAGACGGAACCUGUUCCAAACUGGAGGAUAUAUUCCAGACCAGUUGGGAUAGUAUGGGAAAUGCAUGCAAAAUCCAGAGGCUUCUGGGAGAAAGUCCUUUGACAAGUUCUAAUUGAGUCAAGUCUCUGCUCUGCAGAAAUGGUUCAUGUUCCUAUACGUGUUUUCUUCAAGCAUCGUGCUCUGAGUUCUCCUUCUGCAUCACUGAUAGGCACAUUCUGGUACUUCUGAUUCCUCACGGCUUGCUUGCAUUUCAGGCAUUAGAAAUUUGUCCUCUGCAUUUAUGUACAAACUGUCCAUUAUGCUUAACCUUACUCAGUUGCAACACAGCAUCACCAGGGUCAGAAUCCUAACUGGUACCCGUCCUCAUUUCCCAAUAGCAAUGGUCUUAGAAACUAUAGCAGGAUCUCCUUCUCAGGCCUCAACAUGGUUCUAACAGGGCAUCAUAAUCUCACCCAGGUAGUAUGACUUUUGUUUUAAGCAUCGGAAUUGUAUGUAUUGGGCAACAAAUUGAAGGCAUGAAUAUCGUUUAUUACCCAGGUUCCCCACAUGGUUAACAACAAUCUGGUCACUUUCAGUAGAUCAAAUAGUGUCCCACAGUGCUUUCAUUUGAAGAGAUGGGACUCCUUCAACACUCCUCAUAAACACACUCUUAUGGGCAGGACACCCAAAUCCCAACACUUCUCCGGAAUAGUCCACAGAUUAAUCACCACAUACCCAGAGAUUCCUCUGAACUGUACAAGCUUACCCAAUCUUUCCGGAGAAUAUUGCAGUCCUCAAAAAAUCUGACUGGAUGUUCCCAUCCUUCACCCAGCAUGUCCGGGAUAUUUCAACACUCAAUAUGGCCAGAAGAAUUCAAGCCUGCAUAUCUAGAAUAUACACCUCAAAGGAGCUGAUUUCACCCAAAGGUCAUAGUGGUUCCUUGGUUUACAGAAGUACGUGCGUCGUCUCUUUUUUUCAGGUUGUAUUUUCUAGGGAUGAAUUCCAUUUGUUGCGAGACAUUCAUGUUCGUAGAAUAACCCUAGGCUCCCCGCACGCACAACCUCUCUCACUACCAAGGAAAUGCAAUAAAUCAGUGUUAUGCAUUGGGUUUAACACAUUUUAUGUUAUAAGGCGCAUUCUAACCAAUCGCAGAAGCGUUGGUAGACGAACACUUAGCUGUCAACCUUCACUUUUUUUGCGGGAAAUUCCCUUAUUCCAACGUCGUUUCCCGCUGCUAUCCCGGAUUGUUAGAUAUCCCAUAGACUGUCCCCUGGACUGGUGAGGCUGCCGAUCCCUUAUUUUCAAAUCUGAAAGUUGACAGCUAUGGACCUACGUUCUAAUGGCAAGUAAGCGCAUGCUCUUUCAACUGUCAAACUGUCAACGGUCAGUUCAUCCUCGGCAUUAUUAUCGUGUUGUUCAGUUAGUUUGGUUCUUGUGUUCCUAUGAGUGAGCUGUUGUCACUGACAAAUGCUGAAUAAACUUACACUGCCUUGGGCUUCUGACUUUUUCCGAACAUUUAACGAUCAGCGAAUAGAAAGAGGAUCUAUCCAAGCCACGCCGACACUUAGUAAAAGAAUAUGAGCUUUACCCUAUAAACUGCAUUGUUUGUAUUAAUGUCAGGCUCCCCGGGUUUGCGCAGCCAGGCGCCGCUACUCGGGAGUAAGCCUGCGGGGAUUACUUCCGCCGCGCCAACAACCAACCGGAGCAGGGCGCAAUUGCGCUUUCGGGGCGCCACCUUCCUGCUCCGAGGAAAAAGCAGGCGGCGAUGGGGAAAAAGGCGUGCCGCCCUCAAAGGCAACGGGCAGCGGCUUCGUUUCCUCCUCCUGGGCAUGUGCGAGCCGUUCUGCACAUGCUCAGUGGCAAUGGAAGCCGGCCGCAAACUUGCGGGGAUCGAGGCUGCGGCUCCUUUUUUUUAUUCCCUAUUAGGUUCCUGGAGAGCGGCUGAGUCAGGGGCUGAGUCACAGGCAGGAGCGCCUCCCCUGGCAGGACGGGAUGGUUUCGUACCUCCUCCUCGGGUUUCCCGUCGCCACUCGGUGCCUCUCUUUGCUCGCAGCCGGAGCCCUUCCUGCGAUCCGUGCGUAACAGCCGCGCGCAUUUCUCCCGGUACAGUCCUCUUCUCUUUGGGGUGCCAUUUGUACCUGUUGCGUGUCUUUUAAAGGAAAGGCGGUGGGUCCUGAUGUUGUCUGGGACUUCCUUUGUUGAGGAAGUAAUUAAUCUGGGAGGGUCUCAGGGUGUUGUCACCUGUGGGACCUGCACUUCUGUGCACACUUCUGUCCUUUGAACAGCUGCACAACACAGGCAGAAAUUUAAUAGCUGCGGCUUUCCAUACUGUGUUUCCCUACCAAAGUUGUUGAGCUUUUUUUUAGGAUUGAAGUUGCUGAGCAUUUUUUUUUUUUAGGAUUUUACCCCAGGACAGAAGGGGCCGAAUUAAACCCCCGAACCAGACUUUGGACAUGCCUGCCCUAAUACUGGUAGAAGGAGUUUUGAAAGAUUUGUACAUCUUAAUGCCAGUAGUCACAAUAUAGUUGUAAAAGCAUCAAACAGGACUUCAUGCAAGCUUGAUCCCGUUCAGGACACGGUUUAUCAAACAUAGACUUAAUUGCGAAAGUCAGGCUAUUAUAGCUGUUGGCUUGCUAACUUAAUUCUGCGACCUGAGGCUUUAAUAGUCCUGUUUUUGAGGCUAGAAUUAUGCAGUGGGGAGGGACAACAGGCUCUCAAAUGAUGCUUUCCCUCCCUCUAUUUCUUUUUACAGUGGUAUCUGAGGUUACAUACACUUCAGGUUACAUACGCUACAGGUUACAGACUCCGCUAACCCAGAAAUAGUACCUCGGGUUAAGAACUUUGCUUCAGGAUGAGAACAGAAAUAGUGCAGCGGCGGCGGCACGGCAGCAGCAGGAGGCCCCAUUAGCUAAAGUGGUGCUUCAGGUUAAGAACAGUUUCAGGUUAAGAACGGAUCUCCAGGAUGAAUUAAGUACUUAACCCGAGGUACCACUGUAUGUCCCAAAGGGGGUAAUGUGGCAUAUAAGAUGCAAUAGACUUUUAAUUUAAAGCUGAUCUUCUUAGAAAUCAAGUGAGGGCAAAUGUUACUCUCCUCCUGGGCAUUUUUGCAUAUUACUGUCUGCUGGCCAUUGCUUUCAUCUAAAGAAAUGUAGCAUGUGAUUGACGGAUCCUCUGUGGGCUGCAGCCUCCCCCACACCAGAAAACGGUGGGUGGGUGGGUGGCAUUUGGAGAGCAUGAAAAUGUUCAAAAGUAGGAAUUGCAGGUUGAUAUGCCCUUAGGAAACAUGUGUGGGAUCUGAAAAAAAAUGCUUAGGUUUGGUUUUUUUCUUGUAAAAGUGACCUCCGAGCGGACAAACUGGGUGAGUGUCUUAUCUGUGCUUGUUUCGUAGGUUAUAAGACAUGGACCGCCUCACUGCAGCAAACAGUGCCUUUGCCCUCAAUCUGUUCAAGAAGCUAAGUCAAAAUGACAAUACAGCGAACAUGUUUUUUUCUCCUUUGAGCAUUUCUUCUGCUUUGACGAUGGUUUCUCUGGGUGCAGCAGGGAACACUGCAGCCCAAAUGGCAAAGGUAUAUCCAGAUAAUUACUAUUAAGGGGAGCGGGGAGCUUGAGUUUUGACUCUUAAAUGAGGCAUGCAUGGUGCAUCUUUUUCUCUGUAGCAGGUCAGGCUGAAAUAUGCAUUUACAGUACUUCACUCUCUUGUUUGCUGAAAGGCAUGGAUUUUUCAACUAAUACAGUUUUUAAGGAGUACGUAGAUAAAUGUAUUUAAAUUACUGUACUUAACAUUAUCUGUUAACCAUUUAUUGUCUUACAGGUGCUGUCUGUGACCAACGACGUCGAGUUUCACCAGGGAUACGAGAAACUUAUUUCUGAAAUCAACAAGCCAGACACCAAGUACUUGCUUAGGCUAGCCAACAGGCUCUUUGGAGAAACAUCCUAUGAGUUUAUUUCAGUAAGUUACAUGGUUUACAAAUAUGCUAGAGAACAGGAAGUGGUCUCUGUUCAGAUAGUGAACCGUGUUCUGUCGCAGAUCAGAAACGCAGCUAAGCACUCACUAUCCCUUCUGUACUUUCCAGUAAAACCUUCCAUCAAACUGAAAGGGACAUUUGAAUUAGCAGCAGUGAUCAGCUUGAGUCCAGGUGGCAGGUUGUACCAGCCAAUCUACUUGGUGGAUAGAUUCAUUUCUUUCUCUUUUUCCCUGUCCUUACUUGGCACCAGGACAUUAGCUGGGAUAAUAAUAAUAGUAAUAAUAGUAAUACUAUUUAUUAUUUAUACCCUGCCCAUAUGGCUGGGUUUCCCCAGGCACUCUAUGCAGCUCCCAGCAGAACAUUAAAACAGAAGAAAACUACAAACAUUAAAAACGUCCCUAAACAGGUCUGCCUUCAGAUGUUUCUAAAAGCCAUAUAGUUGUUUAUUUCCUUGACAUCUGAAGGGAGGGCGUUCCAAAGGGCAGAUGCCAUUACCGAGAAGGCCGUCUGCCUGGUUCCCUGUAACCUCACUUCUCGCAGGGAGGGAACCACCAGAAGGCCCUCAGCGUCCGGGCUGAACGAUGGGGGUGGAGACGCUCCUUCAACUAUACAGAGCCGAGGCUUUUUAGGGCUUUAAAGGUCAGCUCCAACACUUUUGACUUGUGCAUGGAAACACACUGGGAACCAAUGUAGGUCUUUCAGGACGGGUGUUAUACUGUCUCGUCGGCCACUCUGAAGAUGCACCUCUUUACCCUUCGCCUAUGUGUUUUCAGGACCCAGGCCAUUGCUGUGACUUUUUAAUAUAUGUAAUAUGUACAGAAUUUUGAAUUGUUGUAAUCUGCCAUGGGACCUGGAAGGCAAAGUCCCCCAGCGUUUGCACAAAAUGUUCACAGACCAGCACUGCUGCAUUUCCCCAUCUGUUUAUGGGCCUUUGAAUCCAGGUCAUUAUAGAGAAAUGUGUGUUAAUUUUAUGACAUGCUUGUGAGCUUCCAGGGACAGAAUGUUAGACUAAGAGGAGCUUUUGCUAGAUCAAGCCAAGAUGAUAAUUACAUUAAAAAAACAACUGUAAUACAACAGGUAGUUGGCACUUUCCAAAGAGUAACCAAAUUUGGAGACAAAUAAGUAUGGCUUACGUAACGUUUUUUCCUCCAUAGAGGAAUGGAAGGAAAAAACACCACAUUGGAAUUCAUUAUCCGCCUGCAUUGAGCAGGAUUGAUACAGGGGCAAAUCUUGGUAAGAAUUUAGCAUCCUGCAUACAGACCUUUCCUGUAGGACUCUCAUAUAUAAGAAUAAGACAAGGAUUGCUAUAUGUAUUCUUCAGCAAAAAAAGUUUGUUUGGAUCCGGUUCAGUCCAUCUGUUUUGGCUGAUAGGAAUCUAUUGCACAUGCCAUGAGCUUUUUCUCAUCAACUGAAGUUAAAUUAAGCAUCUGCAUACGUGUUUCACAUCUUUCGGUAUCUGAAAAUGGAAGGAACAUCCUUCUCUCCCCCUCUUUUCUGUGGAACAAAAUCUGAAUGAAAUCAAAGUUUGUGUGUAUAUGAUAUCUACAGAUCCAUAUAUAGCUUUUAAUUCUGAAACAUAUUUGUUUAAGUCAUUCAUAGACUCCAGCCAAAAAUUCUAUCGAGCAGGUCUAGAGAAACUAGACUUCAUUAAAGCAUCAGAGGAUUCCAGGAAAUACAUUAAUAAUUGGGUGGAAGAACAGACAGCAAGUGAGUAGCAAAUUCUUGGGCUUCCAUAUUGUCUGAGGUUUACUUCUUAAAAUAUGAGUUUGUGUCUGAAAAAUAUGUACUUAUUAAAACAGCUCUUUAAUCCCUCUUCAAGGUAAAAUCCAAAAUCUGCUCGCCCCAGGACUAAUUGACUCCAGUACAAGGCUGGUCUUGGUGAAUGCUAUCUAUUUCAAGGGAAACUGGGCAAAUCAGUUCUGCAAAGAUCACACACAGGAAAGGCCGUUCAAAAUUAGCAAGGUAUGAGGUGGGAUAUAAUGUGAAGAACAUCACUGAGCACAGUCUUUAUCGUUUUGAUUACAUACACACAUUCUGAUAUUUGGAGUGUUCCCUCCUUCUGUUUUUUUCUUUCAUCAGUUGACCAGCAAGGAUUUCCCUUCCCACCAUGUCCUAAGGACAUUCUUUUGCAGACACAACAGAGGAUGAACAGUAAACAAGAUGCAGAGCAGCUCAAGCAAUGCAAUAGAGCAAUAGAAAAGAUUAUAUGCUUAAAACGAAAUUCUUCUCCAUUUGCAGAAUGAAAGCAAACCGGUGCAGAUGAUGUUCAAGAAAGCUAAAUUCAACAUGACAUGGAUAUCGGAACUUCGCACCAAAAUUCUCGAGAUUCCUUAUGUUGAAAACGAGCUCAGCAUGAUCAUCCUGCUUCCUGAUGAGAUUGCAGAUAAUUCUACAGGCCUGGAAAAGGUGAGGCAUUGUUGCUGAGAAUAAAACCAUCUAAAUUCUUGCCCAUAAAAAUUGCCCUUGUUGGUACAUGACGAGAGCAUUCUAGCUUCCAGCUUCUACAUGAUUCUUCCAAGUGCCCAGUGUAACUUAUUAUAUUGUUGGCAUCUGUCUCGAGAGACAAUGGAGUGUGCCUCCAGGGGUGAAGUCAAACCACCAUGCCAGCAGCGCCGAAAUGACCUCCCUGGGGUCAGUGCCGAAUUUAUGUAUAAGCUAAACAAGCUAUAGCUUAGGGUCCCACUCUUUUGGGGCCCCCCAAAAAAUGUAAAGCAAAAAAACUAGAUGUACAUUUCCAAAAUAUAAGAUAAAAAACAAAUAAAAUAAAACCUACACACAGCAACAGUGUUUUGUGUUGUAUAGGCUCCUAUAAUGUAAGUAAUGGGUCCUGCCUGCCAGCCUGCUCCCUAAAAUAUCACUGGUUUGCUCAUUUCUAUAUAUAUGGUGCCUGCAUUCUGCAUGUGCAAAUGGCUUUAGAUACCUUUUAGGUCCAUAAAUUACUAUACUGUAUAAUAGUUUGGAGAAUUUUCUUCAUUCUUUCAGCUAAAAUAUAGGUAUACAAUUUAUAAACAUUGUUCAACAUGCUGACAGCUUCUAGGAGCCACAGGUGAGAGCUGAGUACAGGGUGGGGAGAACCAAAGGUGGAUAAAUUACCCCAGAAGGAGCAAUAUAUGUUUAAUAUAGCUGUUUAUAUUUCUAUAAGCAUAGUUAAGUCUGCCAGUGUUCUGUCUUAUUCAGAAAGAUGGACGGCAUAAAAGCAAGUUGAGCAGAAAGGAAUUCUACCUGGACAGGCAGGGCAAUUGUGAAACAAGUUUGUUUAAGUGAUGUACAUGGAGUCAUUUGAGUCACUGUGAAUCCAGUGAAAAUGGUUUUAUGUAAGAAAUGUGAGGAUUUCUAUAUGCAGCCAGGAUUUCCUUUUUUCCUUGAAUGCCUUGUAUUUGUCUUAUUUUAGCUGGAGAAAGAAAUGACCUAUGAGAAACUCAAGGAUUGGAUUAACCCUGAGAAAAUGAACCUAACUGAAGUUCAGCUGUCUCUACCCAAAUUUAAACUGGAGGAAAAAUACGACCUGAAGCCUGUUCUGAGCAGCAUGGGAAUGGCUGAGGCGUUUGACCCAAGCAAGGCAGAUUUCUCCAGGAUGUCUCCCAACAAUGACUUGGUUUUGUCUGAGGUUGUUCACAAAUCCUUUGUAGAGGUAAACGAAGAGGGAACUGAGGCCGCUGCUGCUACUGCUGCUGUAAUGACUAAGCGGUGUGCUAGGAUUGUGCCCUGUGUCACAGCCGACCAUCCCUUUCUCUUCUUCAUUCGGCACAACAAAACACAAAGCCUUCUCUUCUAUGGUAGGUUUUGCUCUCCCUGAAGCAAGCUAACUUCUCAGGAAUGUCAAAGAAAAGUGACUUGGCUUUGUCAGAGGUGUAUCACAAGUCCUUUGUGGAGAUCAAUGAAGAGGGCAUUGAGGCAGCAGCUGCCUCAGCAGCCACCGUUGCAAUAAGGUCAUCUCAGCAUCCCAUAAAAUUAGAAGCAAACCACCCUUUCAUCUUCAAACACCCUCUUCAUUGGCAGAUUCUCUUUGUCAUAGAAUGGGGUUGCCAGUGCAGUGAACCCACUGGUACCUCCCGUGGUAAACACACUCUCAAAAAUAAAAAAUGCAUAAGAGAACUUCCUGCCAAGUUAAUGUUGACACCAGCUUUGCCUCUCUUUCUCUCCUCUGCCAACAGCCAUUUUGUGUCAUGCCACACGCCCCAUGGCAACCAUUUUGUGACUGGCGCCCAUAGCAGUUUCUCAAAAUUCCAAAUUUCCUCAUUGUUCCAAAAAGGUUGGCAAUCUGAAUAUAAAUGCUUAGGAGCAGGCUGAAAUACUACAGGCAUCACAUUGAGGCCUAAUGCUGUUUUAGACAUUAUCUCUAUAAGCUUUUCUGCCUUCCUUCUGUUGCCCAAAUCUGUCUCUGUACACAAGUGUGCAGCAUCACAUUCUUAAUUCUCUAAAUGCCAGUCAUCAUUGUCUGUAAAACAUGCAUUUUAAAGCAAUAAAUGUAGUUUUGAAAAUUAUGUUUCCACUGUGCAAAACAGUAGUUUUUUAAAGCUCUUGUCUUCUCUCCCUGUGCCACAUGACACGGAGUGCAGCCCACUUGCAUUAAAAUAAUUGACAACACUCUAUUUAUUUAUUUUAUAUAUUCAUCAUCUCACCAGCUGGUUAGUACAAAGAAAGAGCAAUUAGACAGAACCUGUUCCAAACUGGAGGAUAUAUUCCGGACCAGUUGGGAUAGUAUGGGAAAUGCAUGCAAAAUCCAGAGGCUUCUGGGAGAAAGUCCUUUGACAAGUUCUAGUUGAGUCAAGUCUCUGCUCUGCAGAAAUGGUUCAUGUUCCUAUACGUGUUUUCUUCAAGCAUCGUGCUCUGAGUUCUCCUUCUGCAUCACUGAUAGGCACAUUCUGGUACUUCUGAUUCCUCACGGCUUGCAUGCAUUUCAGGCAUUAGAAGUUUGUCCUCUGCAUUUAUGUACAAACUGUCCGUUAUGCUUAACCUUACUCAGUUGCAACACAGCAUCACCAGGGUCAGAAUCCUAACUGGUUCCCAUCCUCGUUUCCCAAUAGCAAUGGUCUUAGAAACUAUAGCAGGAUCUCCUUCUCAGGCCUCAACAUGGUUCUAACACGGCAUGGUAAUCUCAGCCAGGUAGUAUGACUUUUGUUUUAGGCAUCGGAAUUGUAUGUAUUGGGCAACAAAUUGAAGGCAUGAAUAUCGUUUCUUACCCAGGUUCCCCACAUGGUUAACAACAAUCUGGUCACUUUCAGUAGAUCAAAUAGUGUCCCGCCGUGCUUUCAUUUGAAGAGAUGGGACUCCUUCAACACUCCUCAUAAACACACUCUUAUGGGCAGGACACCCAAAUCAAAACACUUCUCCAGAACAGUCCACAGUUUAAUCACCACAUACCCAGCGAUUCCUCUGAACUGUACAAGCUUACCCAGCCUUUCCGGAGAAUAUUGCAGUCAUCAAAAAAUCAGACUGGAUGUUCCCAUCCUUCACCCAGCAUGUCCGGGAUAUUUCAACACUCAAUAUGGCCAGAAGAAUUCAAGCCUGCAUAUCUAUAUCAUACACCUCAAAGUGAUCUCACCCUAAGAUCAUAGUGGUUCCUUGGUUGACAGAAGUACGUGUGUCGUCUCUUUUUUCAGGUUGUAUUUGUUGCUGGACAUUCGUGUUGGUGGGAUAACCUUAGGCUCCCCGCACACACAACCUCUCUCACUACCAAGGAAAUGCAAUAAAUCAGUGUUAUGUAUUGGGUUUAACACAUUUUAUGUUACAAGGCACGUUCUAACCAAUCGUAUAGUGUUGGUAGACGAACGCAUAGCUGUCAACCUUCCCUUUUUUGGCGGGAAAUUCCCUUAUUCCAGCACCAUUUCCCGCUGCUAUCCAGGAUUGUUAGAUAUGCCGUAGACUGUCCCAGGGACAGGUGAAGCUGCUGAUCCUUUAUUUUCGAGGCUGCCGAUCCCUUAUUUUCAAAUCUGAAAGUUGACAGCUAUGGACGAACGUUCUAAUGGCAAGUAAGCGCAUGCUCUUUCAACUGUCAAACUGUCAACGGUCAGUUCAUGCUGGGGACUAUUAUGGUGUUGUCCAGUCAGUUUGGUUCUUGUGUUCCUAUGAGUGAGCUGUUGUCACUGACAAAUGUUGAAUAAACUUAGUUGAGGAACUUAUGCUGCCUUGGGCUUCUGACUUUUCCCAAACAUUUAACUAUCACCGAAUAGAAAGAGAAUCUAUCCAAGCUGACACAAAGUAAAAGAAUAUAAACUUUACCCUAUGACUGCAUUGUUUGUAUUAAUGUCAGGCUCCCCGGGUUUGCGCAGCCAGGCGCCGCUACUCGGGAGUAAGCCUGCGGGGAUUACUUCUGCCGCGCCAACAACCAACCGGAGCAGGGCGCAAUUGCGCUUUCGGAGCGCCACCUUCCUGCUCCGAGGAAAAAGCAGGCGGCGAUGGGGAAAAAGGCGUGCCGCCCGGCAAAGGCAACGGGCAGCGGCUUCGUUUCCUCCUCCUGGGCAUGUGCGGGCCGUUCUGCACAUGCUCAGUGGCAAUGAAAGCCGGCAGCAAACUUGGGGGGCUCGAGCCUGCGGCUCCUUCCCCUCGCCACCCUAUUAGGUUCCUGGAGAGCGGCUGAGUCAGGGGCUGAGUCACAGGCAGGAGCGCCUCCCCUGGCAGGACGGGAUGGUUUCGUUUCCCCUUCUCUGGUUUCCCGUUGCCACUCGGUGCUUCUCUUUGCUCGCAGCCGGAGCCCUUCCUGCGAUCCGUGCGUAACAGCCGCGCCCAUUCCUCCCGGUACAGUCCUCUUCUCUUUGGGGUGCCAUUUGUCUCUGUUGCGUGUCCUUUAAAAGAAGGGGGGGUCCUGAUGUUGUGUGUGUGUGGUUAAAAGCUGCCUCGUCUUGGACUGCUGUUAUUUUGGUAAGCUGAGGAGGAAAAUCAAUAUCUGAUCCUAACUUCCAGAAAGGUAGGCGUGCUGUGAGUGGCUUGCGCGCAAGGAAAGUUCUUGGAGCGCCUUAAAGGCUGCCAGCUUUAUUGCGCGCAAAAAACUUCCAGGAACUUAAUAGUCCAUUACAUCAAAUAUGCUUGCAAAAAAACGUUGUACCAUAACUAAUAAAAGCAGGUUCUUGCCUUCAGAAAUUGAUGCUGCAGUAAAUAUAUAUAUGUGUGUGUGUCAGUGGUAACUACUAACUGAAGUCGUUGCUUACUGGAUUGCAAAGGGCAAGCCAGGUGGAUUGCUUGGCAGCAGCGUCUGGGACUUCCUUUCUUGAGGUGGAGCGCUGAAAGUAAUCUGGGUGGGUCCAGGGUGUUGUCCAAGACUGGCACCUGUAGGACUGGCGCUUUUGUGCUUUGAACAGCUGCAUGACCGAGGCAGAAAUUCAAUAGUUGCGGCUUUCCAUACUGUGUUUCUCUAAUGGGAAAGGCUUCACCUGCUGGAUUUCUGCCUUCUGUGCACAGCUGUUAACGCACAGGAGCUUUGCAAGGGUGGGGGGAGAGAUAAAACCCACCUUGGUGCCUGUUCUUGAUUGACGUUUGUUGGGUUUGUUUGUUUUUAUAUUUGCACUGAAAAAUUUAAUCACCUGCAGAGCAUGGAAGAAGUGGAUUUUAAUGAGUUUUCAUUGUGCAUGUGCAGCAACCAAUUCCUAAAACUCUUUUAUUGGCUUGCUUAUUAGGAUGCAGCAGACUUCCUACCUGUUCCUUGGAAAUGAAUUAAAGGGCAUUCCUGGUGUUCCUGCCCACACCUUAGGCUGGUUUCUAAAGUGUCGGUUAAGCAGGGAGCCUCCCAGCAGCUAGGAAAGAGUGGGGUGCCUGGCAGAGAUUGGCAUGCCAUGCUGUCAAUUACGACACCCAGCUGAGGAGUGUAGCAACUGCAUUGCCAACACACAGGAGUGAAACAAAUAGAGGAACCGACUUUGUAGCACAGGAAGGAUGUGCAGCUUAUGUGCCAACACAGAGCCAUAGUUUUCCAGUGUACGCAUUCACCAGCCUUGUGAGGGUGGCUCCUCUUCUGUCCCUAUCCUUCCCUGAGAGGCUGGGAAACUUCUCAUUGUGUAUCCUGGUAUCAUUAAAUACUACUAUGACAAAACAGCUGAUCUUCAGACACUGGUGCAUUUUCAAGGCAGGAGGGAGUAGUAACCGGUUGUUUUUUGUUUCUUUUUGCUCCGAAAUCUCUAAAUAGCUGUGGAAUGUGGAAGGAAUACUUCUGUUUUUAAAUACAUUCAAUUUGUCAGAGUAAACAAGAGAUGGAAAUCCCUUUAUGGUACAGAUACUAUUUUAAUCAGGCAGUUUUGAACUGGCAAGCAUUGGGUGGAUAGUAAUUAAGAGUUCAUUUAAAAAAAAACAAAAAACCACCAACCAUAAGACUUUCUAAUUAUUUGUCUUUUAUACUUUGCCGUCUCUAGGAAUAGGCAGAAGGCAGCUUAAGAUCUAUUGGUAAGAUCUCUAGGUUAUUUGCAGUAGGUUUUGUGUUUUAAUCAUUGCAACAGCAAAUGACUGCUGCUGAAAUGAAGAUUGCCUCGUGGGCAUCCCUUGAGCACAACUGAGCAAGGAUUCUUCCUGUAGCGUUUGGUAAUAAUGCAAAGCCUGCCUCCUCUGCUGUGCCCUUCAAACUGAAGCAGAACUUGGCCACAUUCUCUCCACCAUCUGUAAGAGCAUCCAGAUUCUGUCCAGAAGAGCACUCAGAGUACUUCAACAAUCAAUUCCUCUUCCCUGAGGAAUUCUGGCCUUGUAGCUCUGCAGGGAGCGGGGAAUGGGGUCUCUUAGCAACCUUAACAAAGUACAGUUUCUUUGAUUCUUUGGAGAUGGAAGCUAUGGCUGUAAUAAUGAUGAUGAUGGUGGUGGUGGUGGUGGUGGUGGUGAUGAUGAUUAUUUAUUUAUACCCCGCCCAUCUGGCUGAGUUUCCCCAGCCACUCUGGGUGGCUCCCAACAGAAUAUUAAAAACACGAUAAAAGAUGAAACAUUAAAAACUUCCCUAAACAGGGCUGCCUUCAGAUGUCUUCUAAAACUCAGGUAGUUGUUUAUUUCCUUGACAUCUGAUGGUAGGGCGUUCCACAGGGUGGGCCCUCUGUCUGGUUCCCUGUAACCUCACUUCUCGCGGUGAGGGAACCGCCAGAAGGCCCUUGGAGGAGGACCUCGGUGUCCGGGCUGAAUGAUGGGGCUGGAGACUCCUUUAAAGUGUUAUGAUACUGCUUUAAGCACACACUGCAGAUGGGGCCAUUCACCUUGCUUCUUUUUUAUCCAUUUGAUUGCUUUGUGGAGGGUUUUCUCUUUUUUUGCAAAGCCUCUUUGUAGCUGUGUGGCUGAAUUGGAUAUAGAUCUUGAUUGCCAAAACCAACCAACCAGUCAAGUAAGGUAAUUUGUUGAGGGUGGGAGGAAUAGCUUUAGGGAUGUGUUUGGAGUGCUUUAGCUCUUGGUGGGUCUAUUGUGGUAAAAUAACACCAGAGGUGUGGAGCCCUAUAAUGUGGCCCCUCAACCAUCUCUAUAUCUCGGCCCUCCCUCCAUCAGUAGGCCAAGACCCUCACUGGUCCCACUCUGGACCUCUUCUUGAGUUCUUCUGCAUGGUUGGAAUAGUCCUUGGACUGUGAUGAUUGAUGCCUCUUGCUUGCCUGGACAAAUGCAUCAUGGGUGUAGAAAUCCCUGUCACUUUGUGUGGCUGGAAUGUAACCUACAGUACAAAGGUAAAAGUCACACCUGUCGCCGCACCUACGUUUGCCUCUGGCUGCACCCAGCGCUGGCAUUCCCUGGAAGGAUCUGUGUUCUGGGGAAUGAAGAAAGUGACCCACCCUCCUUCAAUAAUGGAACAAACAAAUUUGGAUAGUACAAUUCCAUGCCUGAAGCUAGAGUUCUUUCCAAGCAGAACUAGCACCGCAGACCAAUUCAGAAAACUGCUUGGUUGUGUAUACACUAAUACAAAGAGAGAGCAUCCGUUCUUUCUCUGUCCCAGGCGGCCUCUGUGUAAUCGGAGAUCUUUCGUAGAAGGCCUGGCUCAAGGCUGAGAAGACUGUCUCUGUUACAACGCAAAGCAAACAGAAGACAGGGCUUAAUGCCAUGUCUUCAACCAGAAGCAUAUUUUUCAUGUUCUUUUUUAAACGGUCCUCAAUACAAAUGUAUAAAACAUUGUGUCUCGUAAUGAACAAAAGAGACAUAUUAUAACUGGAAACGUACCAAAAGAAUUGGGAAAGACUGCUUUCAAAGGCAUUGGACAAGAAGCUGGAUAACAUAGCAAAGGAUUUCACUUUAAAAAAAUAAAAUACAGCAUAAGUAUGUAUUCUGUAACUCAAAAGCUCAAAUCACACUGCGAAUCUUCAUGGUUCCCUUAUUUACGGUAUUAUAACCACUCAGAAUUCACAAGGUGGUGCCAAGUUAAUUAUUCUACACGUGUGUGUGUGUGUGUGUGUAUUCUUUAGAAUGUUAGAAUUAUUUUUUAAAGGAAUCAAGAUAAACAAAGGCCGGCUGACACCAACUCUGCAGGAUCAGUGCUCUUUUCAAGUCAGUGGCAUCAAGCACCACAUUGUGGAUUGUGUCGCAGUAUGUUUACAGGCUGGCUUGUUGACGUGAAGCAGAGAGUUUUCCACAACUGUACUUUUCUGUGGAAAAUAUUCCAUGCCCAAAAAUGCGUUGUUUCAUACAGUGAAUUAGCAUUCUAAAUAAUGAAUACAAGAGAUAGCUUUUCCUCUUUGUCUAGAAUAAAGAGAUGACCUGCGAUGACUUGAAAUUGGCAAUGUGGUAACUAAACGAACCUCCUGAGUAAUCCUGAUAUUAGGUUGCUAAGUUUAUACCCUUAUGUAUUUUAAUUACAGUGAAUCCUCAGCCAUGUCGUAUGGUAAAAAAUAUUAUAUAUAACAGAUGUGUUGUAUAGCUUUUCUUACCUGCUUAGCCCUGUCUGUAUGAGAGUUGUGUAUUUCCCUGACUGCUAAUGUUUUGCAGACAGAUCAGAGCCAUUUGGGAUUGCUUCCCUAAGGAUUUUUUUCUGUGCCUUUAAAUAGGUUCACAGCUUGGAGCAGUUCUGAAGGCUUCACUUUCCUUUCCUUUCCCCUGUGAUGGAAGAAAAAGCACAUGCCAAAAUUCUGGUUUUAAAUAACAAGGAAAUGUGUGCUAGCUUGGCAAGAGUGCUGUGUGUUUUGUUUUGUUUUGUUUUGUUUUGUUUUGUUUUGUUUUGUUUUGUUUUGUUUUGUUUCAAAAACAAGAAAACCUGGGCUUGGCAGCUCUGCCAGCCAGAAAAAAUAUGGCAGAGUUCCUGUGUCUCUGAACCUCCAAGACAGAUAAAUCCAGCAGGCGAAGCUUGUCCCAUUGCAUCUUCAUGCCAGGAAAAUGUUCAGAUGUGAAUUUCAUGGGGCUGGGGCUGGGUUGAUUUAGUGUGCCCAGGAUCAAACAGGACUUCAUGCAAGCUUGAUCCCGUUCAGGACUCGGUUUAUCAAACAUAGACUUAAUUGCGAAAGUCAGGCUAUUAUAGCUGUUGGCUUGCUAACUUAAUUCUGCGACCUGAGGCUUUAAUAGUCCUGUUUUUGAGGCUAGAAUUAUGCAGUGGGGAGGGACAACAGGCUCUCAAAUGAUGCUUUCCCUCCCUCUAUUUCUUUUUAUGUCCCAAAGCGGGUAAUGUUGCAUGUAAGAUGCAAUAGACUUUUAAUUUAAAGCUGAUCUUCUUAGAAAUCAAGUGAAGGCGAAUGUUAUUCUCAUCCUGGGCAUCUAAAGAAAUGUAGCAUGUGAUUGACAGUUUCUCUGAGGGCUGCAGCCCCUCCCCCCCCCCACCAGAAAACGGUGGGUGGGUGGCCUUUUGGAGAGCAUUAAUAUGUUCCAGCUUGGGACUUGCAGGUUGAUAUGCCCUUAGGACACAUGUGUGGGAUCUGAAAACAAAUGCUUAUUUUUGUUUUGUUUUUCUUGUAAAAGUGACCUCCGAGCGGACAAACUGGGUGAGUGUCUUAUCUGUGCUUGUUUCGUAGGUUAUAAGACAUGGACCGCCUCACUGCAGCAAACAGUGCCUUUGCCCUCAAUCUGUUCAAGAAGCUAAGUCAAAAUGAUAAUACAGCGAACAUGUUUUUUUCUCCUUUGAGCAUUUCUUCUGCUUUGACGAUGGUUUCUCUGGGGGCGGCAGGGAACACUGCAGCCCAAAUGGCAAAGGUAUAUCCAGAUAAUUACUAUUAAGGGGAGCGGGGAGCUUGAGUUUUGACUCUUAAAUGAGGCAUGCAUGGUGCAUCUUUUUCUCUGUAGCAGGUCAGGCUGAAAUAUGCAUUUAUUAGCGGGCCCCUAAGGCUACUAAGGGACGCGGGUGGCGCUGUGGGUUAAACCACAGAGCCUAGGACUUGCCGAUCAGAAGGUCGGUGGUUCGAAUCCCUGCGACGGGGUGAGCUUCCGUUGCUCGGUCCCAGCUCUUGCCAACCUAGCAGUUCGAAAGCACGUCAGAGUGCAAGUAGAUAAAUAGGUACCGCUCUGGCAGGAAGGUAAACGGCGUUUCCGUGCACUGCUCUGUUUCGCCAGAAGCGGCUUAGUCAUGCUGGCCACAUGACCUGGAAAAACUGUCUGCAGACAAAUGCCAGGUUCCUCGGCUGGUAAAGCGAGAUGUUCCCCACAACCCCAGCACUAUUUACUCUUAAAAAGCCAAUGCCAACUUGGUGUGCGAAUGCCAUCAAGUUUAGUUUGGCCCUAAAGGAGGACAGCUCAUUGCGCUGAAUCUAGAGUUUAGGAUUGAGUGAUUUAGACAUACAGAAGGGGUUGGGAGGUAACACAUACUGUGAUCUGAAAAUGAUUCACUUUCAGCCUGUAAUCAUAGAGUCAAAACAGGCCUAGCAGAGAGAUGCGUGCUCUGAGCCUUCUGCAGUGCAUGGUGUAUUGAUGUGGGCAUGUGUGUGUUGUGUCUUUUAAAUACAAUGAAUGUAAAAAAUGUUACAUGCUGUUCCCUAAUAGAAAAUUCUGCGGAACGUAACACUGAGAAAGGGGACUUCUUACAGCUUUUGCUUGCUGUUUAUCACACCACUGGAAUGUUUAUAACAUAGGGAGUUUGUAUUAUCCUACACCCCAAGUUGUAAUUAACAAGUUUCUCCACAAGUUGCAAUUAACUCCGUAAGGCAGUAGCCCGGUUCACAAAUUACUCACAUGUCAGGCACUUGCAUGGUAAAUGGGGAACAGGGCCACAUUUUUAGCUACUUUACUGACAUCAUUUUGCUUCCUGCAAUCACCCUGCAUUGCAUGUGUUUGUCUGAAGCCUUGACGCACAAGCUUCUGGUUUUAUGUGGAUGUCCCAGUCUCGUGGAACUCCUACAUCCCAGCAAGAGUUUAUGCACCGAGUUGAUCUGGGAAGUGUCUGCAAAUUGGGGUUGGAGCUAAUAGCACGGCCCCAUUCCCCAGUCACAAUUGCCUUAUGUGCAAGUAACACAUGAACUGGACUUAGGUCAUGGUUCCAUAGGGAAGAAUUCCUAUUCACACAAAACAAAGUAAAAACCACCAUGCUUUGAAUUCUUGAAUUUAGUUUGUGGCCGCCUAUUCGACGAAUCCUGCACAGCCCACCUAAGGAAAUUAAGGCCACCACUUACGUAUUUACAGUCUCUUUGAUACUUGCAAGUGGGGCAGUCCUGCUAAAUCAACAAAAACAGUACCAAAGAAGGACAAUGGAACAUGUGGGCUUUCUCUUUCUUGUCUAGCAGGUAUUACCAGUAUAACGGAAAAAGAGAAGCAAAUUUAGAUUCCAUGUUUUUCUUCCCCAGACAAAGGACACUUAGUUUUGUGUGCCCAGUUUGUCGUCUUGAAUAAAGUUGACUUACGUGAAAAGUAUUUCUUGUUACACCCAGAAUACCUUCCCGCUGCAGGGAGGUUCUUCUCCGUAAUUGCAGUGGUUCUUUGGCCCUGUUGGUCUUUCUUAGGCUACUGGCAGCUGCGUGCAUCUGUUUCUGCUGUGGCUGUCCCAAAUCUUUCCUGAGCUCCUGAUAAGCAGGUUGCUCCUUAGCUAUGGUUGGUUAGCACUGCCCAGAGUUCAAUUCUCAGUGCAUCAUCAAAUUUUAGUUACUCCGUCCUUGCACAGAAGAACAUGGCCCAUGCUGAAACAUGACAGCCCAGUUUUAUUUAGAAAGUUAAGUUAAAUUGUUAGGGGGAAGAUAAAAACCCAGCAAUUUAGUAUGUGGUUUUUGUUAUUGUUUUUUGAAAAGAAUAUGGGAAAACUAAUAGUCACUCUCUUUUGCCUGCUUCCGUUCUAACUGCUUCAGAUAUUUGUCUUGUGAAAUCUUGAACAGGAACGGAACAAUCUGCUUUCUGCUUCUUCAUUUUUAUUACUAUCAAAUCUCAUUGUGAUUUUGUUUUGUUUUUCCUCCUCAAACGGUAAGGCCCCCCAACAAAUCCUUGUUACAAUGGUUGUUUGUUUUAUAUAUUUUACUCCCUUGUUUGCUAAAAGACGUGGAUUUUCAACUGAUAACAGUUUUUUAGGAGUACAUGGAUAAAUUUCUGUAUUUAAAUUACUUAACAUUAUCCGUUAACCAUUUAUCAUCUUACAGGUGCUGUCUGUGACCAACGACGUCGAGUUUCACCAGGGAUACGAGAAACUUAUUUCUGAAAUCAACAAGCCAGACACCAAGUACUUGCUUAGGCUAGCCAACAGGCUCUUUGGAGAAACAUCCUAUGAGUUUAUUUCAGUAAGUUACAUGGUUUACAAAUAUGCUAGAGAACAGGAAGUGGUCUCUGUUCAGAUAGUGAACCGUGUUCUGUCGCAGAUCAGAAACGCACCUAAGCACUCACUAUCCCGCCUGCAUUGAGCAGGAUUGAUACAGGGGCAAAUCUUGAUAAGAAUUUAGCAUCCUGCAUAAGGACCUUUCAUGUAGGACUCUCAUAUAUAAUAACAAGACAAGGAUUGCUAUGUGUAUUCUUCAGCAAAAAAAGUUUGUUUGGGUCCGGUUCAGUUUAUCUGUUUUGGCUGAUAGGAAUCUAUUGCACAUGCCAUGAGCUUUUUCUUAUCAACUGAAGUUAAAUUAAGCAUCUGCAUAUGUGUUUCACAUCUUUCGGUAUCUGAAAAUGGAAGAAACAUCCUUCUCUCCCUCUCUUUUCUGUGGGACAAAACCUGAAUGAAAUCAAAGUUUAUGUGUAUAUGAUAUAUAUAGAUUAUAUAUAGCUUUUAAUUCUGAAACAUAUUUGUUUAAGUCAUUCAUAGACUCCAGCCAGAAAUUCUAUCGAGCAGGUCUAGAGAAACUAGACUUCAUUAAAGCAUCAGACGAUUCCAGGAAAUACAUUAAUAAUUGGGUGGAAGAACAGACAGCAAGUGAGUAGCAAAUUUUUGGGCUUCCAUAUUGUCUGAGUUUCACUUCUUAAAAUAUGAGUUUGUGUCUAAAAAAUAUGUUCUUAUUAAAACAGCUCUUUAAUCCCUCUUCAAGGUAAAAUCCAAAAUCUGCUCGCCCCAGGAAUAAUUGACUCCAGUACAAGGCUGGUCUUGGUGAAUGCUAUCUAUUUCAAGGGAAACUGGGCAAAUCAGUUCCGCAAAGAUCACACACAGGAAAGGCCGUUCAAAAUUAGCAAGGUAUGAGGUGGGAAAUAAUGUGAAGCACAUCACAGAGCACACAGUCUUUAUCGUUUUGAUUAAAUACACACAUUCUGAUAUUUGGAGUGUUCCCUCCUUCUGUUUUUUUCUUUCAUCAGUUGACCAGCAAGGAUUUCCCUUCCCACCAUGUCCUAAGGACAUUCUUUUGCAGAGACAAUAGAGGAUGAACAGUAAACAAGGUGCAAAGCAGCUCAAGCAAUAGAAAAGAUUAUAUGCUUAAAACGAAAUUCUUCUCCAUUUGCAGAAUGAAAGCAAACCAGUGCAGAUGAUGUUCAAGAAAGCUAAAUUCAACAUGACAUGGAUAUCAGAACUUCGCACCAAAAUUCUCGAGAUUCCUUAUGUUAAUAACGAGCUCAGCAUGAUCAUCCUGCUUCCUGAUGAGAUUGCAGAUAAUUCUACAGGCCUGGAAAAGGUGAGGCAUUUUUGAUAAGAAUAAAACCAUCUAAAUUCUUGCCCGUAAAAAUUGCCCUUGUUGGUCGCUGUACACGACAAGAGAAAGAUUCUUCCAGCUUCCACGUGAUUCUUCCAAGUGCCCAGUGUAACAUGUUACAUUGUUGGCAUUUGUCUGUCUUGAGAGAGAAUGGAGUGUGCCUCCAGGGGUGAAGUCAAACCACCAUGCCAGCAGCGCCAAAGUGACCUCCCCGGGGUGUUAACCUGGGCAGUGUGUAUAGACAUCUUGGGCUGCCCAGACAACAGGGGGCCCCUCUCGUCCUUGCUGAUGUCCAAAGGAAAGCAGAGUGAUAUGUUUGGCACCAGUUUGGCUGCAGGAGUUGCUGGAAAGAGGCGUGCAAGGCACCAUCCAAGCAUCUUAGGGACUCCAUUCUGGAUUUGUAUAGAGUCUACUCCUUAGCCUUUCUUCUCCUGAAGUUAUCCUGCAAGACAGUGGAGGUUUAGGAUCAGAAUUUCCCUUCUCCUAGAUGGGCUACUUUCCCAGGUGAUUAGCUGCAUUUGCCCUUCAUUUCCCUCUACAGCACUAACUGCCUUCUCGACCACUGCACCCACUAUGGUCUUCUCCACUCAAUCUGCCAGAGCCUAUAUUUGCAUGCGGGGCAAGUCCCUAACACACUGAGGGUUUGAGACCCAUUGGCUACCCUCACCUGGUUUAGCCGGCCAGUCAAAGACAUUUCCCAGAUUGUGGCUUCUAGGAGCCACAGGUGAGAGCUGCGUGCAGGGUAGGAACCAAAGGUGGAUAAACUACCCCAGAAGGAGCAAUAUAUGUGUAAUAUAGCUGUUUAUAUUUCUAUAAGCAUAGUUAAGUCUGCCAGCAUUCUGUCUUGUUCAGAAAGAUGGAAGGCAUAAAAGCAAGUGGAGCAGAAAGGAAUUCUACCUGGACAGACAGGGCAAUUGUGAAACAAGUUUGUUUAAGUCAUGUAUAUGGAGUCAUUUGACUCACCGAGAAUCCAGUGAAAAUGGUUUUAUGUAAGAAAUGUGAGGAUUUAUAUAUGCAGCCAGGAUUUCCUUUUUUCCUUGAAUGCCUUGUGUUUGUCGUCUUUUAGCUGGAGAGAGAAAUGACCUAUGAGAAACUCAAGGAAUGGAUUAACCCUGAGAUGAUGGACCUAACUGAAGUUGAGCUGUCUCUGCCCAAAUUUAAACUGGAGGAAAAAUACGACCUGAAGCCUGUUCUGAGCAGCAUGGGAAUGGCUGAGGCGUUUGACCCAAGCAAGGCAGAUUUCUCCAAGAUGUCUCCCAACAAUGACUUGGUUUUGUCUGAGGUUGUUCACAAAUCCUUUGUAGAGGUAAAUGAAGAGGGAACUGAGGCCGCUGCUGCUACUGCUGCUGUUAUGAUGCUGCGGUGUGCUAUGAUUGUGCCCUGUGUCACAGCCGACCAUCCCUUUCUCUUCUUCAUUCGGCACAACAAAACACAAAGCCUUCUCUUCUAUGGUAGGUUUUGCUCUCCCUGAACAAUGGGUGUCCUGUAUGUGCAGCACAAACAUUCCCCGCCGCAGCUUGCUGGCAGUAUAUCAAAUUUUCGAUUUCUCAUCCUGUUAUUUCGAAGUUAUAUUGUCUAAUCCCAAGUCUUCACUGCUAUGCCUCUGCUUGAGACAGCUUUUCCCAACUCCAUUCAUAUUUGAUUAACAGUUGUGCAUAAGGGGAUCACAUCUUAAAAUGGGCCAACUGAGAACUGUGGCCUUCCUUAAACCCUACUCCUAAUGUACAUUGAUGCAUUGUGUGUGCCUUAUUUAGUAUAGGAGGCACUUGUAUCACAGACCAUUAGCAAUAUUGGUGAAGAUGAAGCAGAUCUUAUUAACUGCACACCUCUUCAUCUUUUGCAUGCUCUUAAUAAAAACGUAGAGGGCUCUUUUUUUAUUAUUAUCAGGCAGCUUUGCUUCAAGUGCGAAUAUUUGUGAGGUCCAUUUUGUUCUGGACCUUUAUUUUCAUAGGAUACUUCGGGGUGGGCGUGGGGAGGUGGUUUUGUUCUUAAAGAGGUAUUAGCAACCACCAAAACCAGCUUCUAUCAAAGGAGAUCCUACCGUAUAACCUCAUGUGCAUUUGAUAAACAAACACAAUUGUUUAGUACCAGUUUCUGGCGUUCACACCAGCAUAUAAAUUUAAGAUACUGGUAACCAAAGUGAAAAUGAAGAGCCUUAUUUAGUUAUUGCAACGCAGAAAAAGUGCAAUGAUUUCUACAACACACAGAAAAAUUUGGCCUUGCAAAGAAUGCAGUGCAGAAGCAGAAGUAUGAAUGAUGUUCGGUCUACAGUGUAUUAUUCUUUGACGUUACAUGCAAAAAAAAGUAGUCACAGAAUUUUGACUUGGCAACCUGUAAGUGACAUUUAUGUAUGAAUGGAUAUCGAUUCAUGUAUUAUUGGAUUUAAAAUAAAAAUGGAAUUGUUUUGUCUUCUGAUUGUACUGCUACUGAAUUAAUUAAACAGCAGCUCAGGGCGAGAUUUAUUCUGACCCCGUAGCUCCAACGUCACCAGUCUCUUCCCCACUUAAGACACUGGUUGCCAACAACAUGUGUAAACAGUCAGUCAACUAAUUUCCGCAUGAGUACAAGUGAAGUCCUCUCUCUGGGUGUGGCAUUUGCCAAUCCAUUCAGCUUAAGCUGACUGUGCUACAACUGCCAACAGUACGUGGCUUAUGCUGCCUCUUCUCUAGCACGCAAGCAAUUUCAUAUGACCUUUGAGAUGCACCCACUUGCGGAAAAAUGAGACGAGUGAAGCACUGCAGAAACAUUUCAGCAGUCUGCUUAUCAGGGACAAUCUCUGUACCUGGUACUUGUCGCUGGCAAAUUGUUCUUCAAUGUGACUCUGUUUUCGUCUCCUGGGAAAGUUUAGUGGGGUGCCUCCCCCACAAAAAAUGUGCUAGCAUGAAUUGGAUCUGUGUAAAAGCACACAAACAAUGUCGGUGCAUUCUUCCAAAACAAGUGCAGCUGAAUGGGUUUUGAGUUGAGGCUAUGCCUCUACCGUACCCAUCUCUGUCGUAGAAUAUACUAAUCAAUCUUUGUCUUAAGGGUGCUUUUUUAUUUUUCUAAGUUAGUAACGUUGCCCUGCUUUGGAAGCUGUGCUGAAAGAGCUGUGUAACACACUGGAAGAAAGAAUUUCAUUGCACUGUUCAAUUCAGUAAUGUGAGCACGCUUUAUUUCACCCAAUACAUUUAGGCGCAUUAUCGCAGCUUUCGUAUUGUGACUACAGCUUGAAACUAAAAAGGAACAAUGGUCCAAUGAGGCCAUUAAUUGUUUUCCUUUUAUUUUUUUUGCAAGUGAGUGGGGAAGAGAUGUUGCUCAAAGUGAAAAAGGAGUUCUAAAAAAGUCCACAGUAAUUGAGAGUGAACGAUGUAACAUAAUGAGCCUCACUUAUGUUACUUCUACAAAGCCUCAUUUUCAGUUAUCAUCAGGCUGACAGAUGAUCAGGCUGAUCAGUGUGUUUGUUCCAUUGGUGAUGCCUUGCCAGUCAAAGGCUUACUACUACCUGAAAACUAGAUGACCAGCCCUUCCUCCUUGCUGAAGGUGUCAAGUUAGGCAACAACCCACUUUAACCUACCUGUAAUUCUAUUCCCUGUUGUGGCUGUGAGUGGGAGAAUGCCCUGUAUACUGCAUAGUAAGUGGAGGAAUCUGGAGUCAGUGCAUUCCACCAGUAAUCAGCAAAACUUGAGUUGUACUUUUCCCCUUCUGUGUCUGGAUUUCUGUUCCUGAAAAACACUGGCUGUAUUUACCUGGUAAACCCUUGGCACUGACCUGUGCAGGGCCGGAUUUAGGUUUGAUGAGGCCCUAAGCUACUGAAGGUAAGGCGGCCGUUUACAUGUCCAGCUGUCAUUUUGUCAACAACAAAUUGUUGCUGUUUUUAUGUGUUGAAUAUAUGCUAUAUGGUAAUUUAUGGACCCAUUACUUACAUCAUAGGAGCCUACACAACACAAAACACUUGUUGUAUGUAGGUUUUAUUUUAUUUGUUUUUUAUAUUUUGGAAAUGUACAUCCAGAUUUGGGGGGGGGGCCAAGAGAGUGGGGCCCUAAACUAUAGCUUGCUUAGUUUAUAGGUUAAUCCGGCACUGGACCUGUGUCACAGUGUUUUACACAAUUGUCAUAGUUAAUAAGGAUCCAGGCGGAAAUCGAUUCUGAACGUGAUUGUGCAAACUAUGGUAUGUCUUGAUUUAAGGUUACCAGAUUUUUUUCAAUGAAUCCGGGGACCCUUUUCAACUUAAAUGUAUUUUGUCAGCGGACUGAUUUGUAAAUCUGGCGACUGUCCCCGGGAAACGGGGAUGUCUGGUAACCUUAUCUUAAUUUACCAUGUCGUCAGACAAUCCUAACGAUCUCUGACAAAAAGUUUAAAAAUGACGCGCUGUUUCUCACAAGGUGUGCCCACCGAUUAUAUUCUUCAAAAGUCUUCCUCAUACAGGGUGUCAUGGCUUCUGUUCCAAAUAAUCUCCUGGUACCAAAAGCAAAAUGCAAAGUAACACCAACUUUUAAGCCUUGCAAUAGUACACAUACAAACCCCUGCACCCGCAAUUAACACCUCUCUUCAGUUCCAGCACUUUUCUCCUAAUUCCUGCAGGCAAUUUAGAGUGUGUCAUUUUAGGGGCAGAACAUAAUAUUUGCAAAUUUCUUCAUUGUGGGGUCUUGGAAAACAUGUUUUUGGGUGUGAGGAAUUAAGAUCUAUUAUUUUUGCUUGGUAUGCCUACGUCUGAUGAGUAGGGCUGCCAUAUUUCAAAAAGUAAAAACCAGGACAUCUCACGAUCUUGACUUGCCUAAGAUCCAAGACAAAACACCAUUCAGAAAUCCACCCCCACAAUCAAUUCUGCCUUUGAUGAAGCUUUUGGGAAACAAAAUAAUUUUAAUUUUGCCUUCUGGAAAUGUCCGGUAUUUAUAUAGAAGAAUAACUCAUCAUACUAAUAAUAUGUAAUAUAACUGCAAGGAUUUGGCUAUCAUUUGUAAUGGUUUCCAUGCCAUUUUACACACAUUUUCCUUACCGAGCAAAACUAAAUUCAUAGAAUCGUAGUUUGAAGGGAUCCCCGCAAGGCUCAUCAAGCGGGACCUUCUGCAAUGCAGGAAUAAAUCACAUUAAUUUAACCAAAAAAGGUCUUCCGAAUUCCCAAGGCACAGUCGCAGCCUUUGACCGCCCCUCAUUUUGGGGACCUGGAAGUUGGGAAAAAAAUCGGCACGCCCAUGCGACCAGGUGAAUCUUUAUUUGCCUCAGCCAUCGGCCGUAGCAAGAAAACAACAAUACGAUAUACAAAGAAUAGAAAUAAAAAGUCAAUUAUAUAAAAUACAUUUUUAGGGUUUUGAAUAGUCAAAUAGUGGAUCUUAUUCUGAUUGCCCCGGCUAAAAACCUUGCAACCUUUGCUGUCACCUGCUCAUCUUGAUCAAGAGAAAGGUUCUUUCUGGUCUCCCGCACCGUCGCACCUGUCGAGCGCCCUCCGGGUUCCCUCCGUCGAAGGGCGGCGCCUAAGGCGUUGCUCCGCUUUCAGUCUCCCCUCGCAGCUUUAGACCCGCCCGGGGCGCUUCCCUCCGCCCUGCCUUCCAGCCUCUUUCAGUAGAGCGGGGCUCCCUCGACGGUGACUGACGCUCCCGGGAAACUUGGCUCUGGGUCUUGCCGCCCACCAGGUAAGAAAAAGCACCAUUUCUGGCCCAGUCGUGGCAGGAGGAGAAGGGAGCGCAGCGUCUUUGCCUCGAGGGGCGCUGCGCGCUCCGAAGGGCGCACAGCCUGGACGGCUGCCACAUUUCGCCCCCUCUCGGCGCUGCAAGACGGGAAAGCUGUACUUAGAAAACUCUUGCAGAAGAAAAGCAGGGAUGCAUUGGGCGGAGCUGCUGACAUCCGAUCCUUGGGGGCUUGGGAUUUCCCAAGAAAGGGAGGGAGGGAGGAGGAACAGAAACGACAAGCUCGUCGGCAGGGUGAAGUUGCGCUUUGGGGCAGAAGGAUGUUUCGUCCAAUGGUAAACCAUGGAAGGGGAUUCCCUUAGGGCAGGGAUGUCCAGUAGGCCUAUCGCGAUCUACUGGUCGCGAUCGAUCGUGGGCUCCUUUUCCUAGCCCUUGCAAAAGAGCAUCCUGCCGUGCGCCCCCCCCCCCCCGUCCUCCAUUCGCGCAUGGUGGCUAGAACGGCAGACCGAGUUUUCUCGGUGAGGCUGUUUCCUUAUUGAUCUUGCGCUGAACGACUUUUUCCAUUUCCUGCCUAAAAUCAGGUCAACAAAAACGGGGCUUUCCUCCCUAAAAGCGCAACAGCUUUGAUCUGAACCCCCCCAAAAGGGGUAGAUCACUGCCAGUUUUUAAUUCUGUGAGUAGAUCGCAGUCUCUUGAGAGUUGGACGCCUCUGCCCUGGGGUCAUCCAACCCCAGGAACAUGGGCGACUGCGUUAUCCUGAGUCAUCAAACUCAGUACUGCAGCCCUUGGGCGUAGCCAGGAUUAAUUUAUUGGUGGGGGGAGAGAGAGACACGUAGCCAGGAUUUAUGUUUGGAGGGGGGUUAGGACACCCACCAGCCAUCACCCUCAGUCUGGCUUUGUCUAGCAGGUUCGGAAUGAAAUGUCUCAACAACAGUUGUUUUUAUUAUUAUUAUUAUUAUUAUUAUUAUUAUUUAUACCCUGCCCAUAUUGGUUUCCCCAGUCACUCAAAUUACCUUCUUUUGACCCCAAGUUCUGGGGUGGGUGUGGAAUCUGUCAAAAUCUUUCCAUGAUUUCUACUUUUAGUUAAGUAUUUUUAUUUAUUUACUUGAUUUAGGGGAUGGGGCAAAUGCUCCCCCUGGCUAUGCCCAUUCUGCAGCCUACACUACCUGGUAGUGGAUCUGAACUGGAGGCUUUCAUAUGGCCUGAAUAUACUAGUGAUUAAACCUGCAGGCAGAGAUUUAUUAUUAUUAAUAAUAAUUUUAUUAUUUCUACCCUGCCCAUCUGGCUUUCCCCAGCCACUCUGGCGGUUUAUAGCACAUAGUAAAUCAUCAAAUAUUAAAAAUGUUUUUAAGAUCCUGCAUGCCGCAGAUUUUAUGGAGAAGAGCUCCUGCUGUUGAUAUCUUUUCCCCAUCAUACAGCUGUUUAAAAACUGUCAGGGAAAGAGCUGGGAAGCUCAGGUUUCUUGUUUGGCAGAGGGAGGAGUCCAGAGUUUAACCACUUUAACAGAAAACCAGCAGGUGGAGUUUUUCCUCUGGGCAUGAAUGAGACAAACAGAACUUCCUUCUUCUCUGGCUGCCAGGCUGAUAAUAAAAUCCUAGAACCAUAGAGUUGGAAGGGAGCCUGCAACGCAGCUUCCCCUCCUAAAUUGCCGCUCACCUGUGAUGUCCGUGUGCCUAAAAGUUGCAUUUAGAGGCGACUCAAGACAGGUUGCUGAGCUUCCCAAAGCUCAGUCAUGUGGAUCUAGUACUUGGUGGUUGCAGGGAGAUUUUAGAAAGUUUAUUAACUUGAAGAGAAUUUGGGGAAAGAGCCCUUUUUGCACAUACCAGGCUGUUGCCCCACGUUACUAUCACAAAAAGGAUGUGGACAGAGGCAGAGAGAGACCAUAACUAUAUUUGUUAUUUUGUGACACGUCUGCCGAAGUCAGGUUCCUGUUUUCCUGACUGCGUAUAGAUUGUGUGUGUGUGUUGGUCAAAAGUAAUAAGUGACAUGGUUUUUCUUUCCUUUUCAUGCUUUUCAGAUUCCACCAUGGAGAAGCUGGCUAACGCAAACACACAUUUUGCCCUUGAUCUCUUCCAAAAGUUCAGUGAAGCCAACAAAACAGGCAACAUCUUUUUUUCACCGCUUAGCAUAUCUGCUGCAAUCGCCAUGGUUUCCUUGGGGGCUAAAGGUAACACAGCCGUACAACUCUCAAAGGUCAGCAAAAAUCUUUUCAGGUUUUAUCUUGAUUUCUGGUUAUUUUUUUAAGGUGGUUCAACUUUAACCAUUCAAAGAACUUUACAUUUAAUAUCCCACAAAGUAGGAGCAGUUUUGUUGAGAUUUAAUUAUGCAUCAGAAUAUAUUCUGAAUGUUUCUGUUUAUAGUCCAUGAUUUCAUUGCAGUGGUGUUUUUCCCCCAUCAUGAUAGUAACACACCAGGGAAAUAAAGCUAAUUAUUUUCCUUCCAUUUCCUAAAACCUUUUACUGUAAUUUAUUAAAAAUAUUAAAAUACUGUAAUACAUCAAACAUUAAAAGCAUCUGCCUUCAGAUGUCUUCUAAAAGUCUGGUAGUUGUUGUUCUCUUUGACAUCUGGUGGGAGGGUGUUCCACAGAGAGAUUUAUUUGAUUGGUCCUAGUGAUAAUAAGUUAGGACUUCUCUUUUCCCUUGUGCAGACAUUUCACUUUGAUGUCGUGGAAGACCUUCACUCAAGAUUCCAGGCACUGAAUACCGACAUUAACAAGAGCGGAGCACCCUAUACAUUGAAGCUUGCUAAUAGGCUGUUUGGAGAAAAGACCUACGCUUUUUUGCAAGUAAGUUAAUUGCUGGGAUAUCAACGAAACUCUGCAAAAUUAGCUGGCCGAGAGAUUUUCUUUUUAUUUCCCUAGAUGUGGAACUGGGCGCGGUGGGGUUGUAAUUCUUCAUUUGGGAGAAUUGGUAUGCUGUGAAACUGCUGCAUCAGAACCUUAAAAGCCACAAAUGUCAAGCUCACAAACAAAGUGCUGCCUCAUGUAGGUUGUGGGUAUUUUUUUUUUUUUUUGCCAGCUUUAUUGUGUUUGACAUUCCUGGAUAAAGCUAAACAUUCAAGUUCGUUUACAACAUCACAUUCAUUUGUGUUGAAACAACUUUUAUAGAACGCUUUCGGAUUGUAUCUUCUGUGUUAAGCAGAGUAGGUAGAACUUUUCCACAGGAGUGUCUUUGCACAGAAUGAGGAAAAAACCCAAACUACUACUACUGCUCAGCGCCUGAGGACCCCAGUCCUGCCACUCACCACCUGGCCCAGGGCUCUAUAAAGGACUGCUGCCGCCACUGCUGCUGCUGGGCAGAAAGGGCUCCAUUUUGUUUUUGUUUUUUGUUUAAAUUGCUGUUAUUUUUUACUUAUGUCAUUUUAAACUGAUAUUAAUGCUGUAUUCUUAGUUUCAGAUUUUGAUGGUAAUUGUUUCCCAUUUGGUUGUGUAUUUUCUUGAUGUGGUUUAUUUAUUGUCUGUGACUUUUGUAAUUAUGUAAAUCUUGUCAUGCUGUAAGCCGCCUUGAGCAUUGUUUUUUUAACUGUGGAAAGGCGGCAUACAAAUAAAAAAUGAUGAUUAUGAUUAUUUAUACUCCACCCAUCUGGCUGGGUAAACCAUCAAAUGUUUAAAACUUCCCUAAACUGGGAAUUGAGUGUUUUUACUAAUUGGUGCAUUAUGAGAUAACUGGCAUUCUUUCAAUAGAUUGAUGAACGAUGCCAACAAAAGUAACUGUCACCCCCAGCCAGGAAUGGGAAGACCAAUUUAUAGUCCGCAGAUGGGUGAUACCCCCUUCCCCCUUGUACACUGAUAUCUGUCUUCUGUGAUUUCUCCAGGAUUUCUUGGCUAGCACCCAGAAGAUGUAUGGAGCUGAGUUAGCCACAGUGGAUUUUCUCAAUGCUUCAGAUGAUGCACGAAAGCAAAUUAACCAGUGGGUUGAGAAUCAUACAGAAGGUGAAUGGUGCCUGGAAAACUCUCAACUUAGAGAAUCAUAGAAUCAUAAAGUUGAAAGGAACAACAGGGACCUGUAGAUCACAACCCUGAUCUAAGUGUCUCAUGCUUUACUGACUGAACUACCUCAGUUUCUUUAAAAAAUUAUUAGGAAGGACUACCAGGGUUUGUUUCCUUCCUUCCUUCCUUCCUUCCUUCCUUCCUUCCUUCGUUUUGGCCCUACCUUGUCUCCAGUCAGAACUUGACUUAAUAAGCCCAGGAUAUGGAUGAGUUUCAGGCAUAUUCACACGCUUGCUUAACAAAAGCAGCAAAACAAGCCACUGAGCCACAGUUAUCCACAGCUUCCUGUCAUGUCUGAACCAAUGUCUUGAUUCUUACAGAGCUAAUUUGUUCUGUAACUUCAAUUUCCAGGUAAAAUAUGUGACUUGUUAUCCGAAGGCUCACUGAAUGAACUGACCAAACUUGUUUUGGUAAAUGCCAUCUACUUCAAAGGCAGCUGGGCAGAGAAAUUUCAAGAGGAGGACACUGAGGAACUCCCUUUUAGACUCAGUAAGGUAACAAAAGGCCUAUAUUCCAUACAUUCCACUGUCCUGUUAUUAAAAAGGUAAAGGGACCCCUGACCAUUAGGUCCAGUCGUGACCGACUCUGGGAUUGUGGCGCUCAUCUCGCUUUAUUGGCCGAGGGAACCGGCGUACAGCUUCCGGGUCAUGUGGCCAGCAUGACUAAGCCGCUUCUGGCGAACCAGAGCAGCGCACAGAAACGCCAUUUACCUUCCUGCCGGAGCGGUACCUAUUUAUCUACUUGCACUUUGACGUACUUUCGAACUGCUGGGUUGGCAGGAGCAGGGACUGAGUAACGGGAGCUCACCCUGUUGCGGGGAUUCGAACUACCGACCUUCCGAUAGGCAAGCCCUAGGUUCAGUGGUUUAACCCACAGCGCCACCCGCGACAGUCUUACAAAGAGUUGUAUCCAAAGUAGCGCAGAGUAGCACUUCCCAUCAGUGCAAGGAUUUCUGUUUUGUGCGGCAGGACUUCCCCACUUGUCCUCCCCUCCCAUGUGCCCCAUAAAUUUGUUCUAGGGGUUUUGGAGCACAUCUGGGGAGGGUAUGGGGUGUGCGAGGAGAGGAGGGAAAUCCUUACACUGAGAGAAUGCUUUAGUCGGAUGCUACCCAAAAUUUAGGUUUAAGGGUGAUAGUCAACUUGGUAAUACUUUUAGCAGCUCUAAAACACGUAAAAGUUAAUUGUGCAUGACUGGGAGUAAAAAACCCCAAACGUGGUAGGACACCUGUGGAUUCAACCCAGUGUGUUCUCUGAAUGGAAACUAUUAAAUUUGAACCAAUAUUUUCAUUUUAAAAUAUUUUACUGAGCUUUUAUUGGACUUCAGUUUCCAUUGGCCAGCUUCAGUGCUUGAAGGAGAACAGCUGAAAAGAACAAAUUUGGUUUUAGUAAUUCGCUUGCUUGAUUAUCUUUGCCUUUAGAUGACAAAAAGCAAUAUUGAGUGUGCCAUGAACUGAUUACAGCGGUGUCCAAAUUUUUUUCAAAGAGGGCCAGAUUUGAUGAAGUGAAGGGCUGUGGGGGCCAACCAAAGUUGUUGACAUUUUUUAGGAUUGAGGUUUUUUUAGGAUUUUACCCCAGGAAAUAAACUGCCACAGGGGCCGGAUUAAACCGACCGGAUUAGGCCCCCGAAACGGACUUUGGACAUGCCUGGAUUAGAAUGUGAAUGGUCUCAUUCCUUUGCACACUUAGCCCUAGGAGUAAGUCCCAAUGAACCCAAAUCUAGCUUUCUUCUGAGUAGGACCCUCAGCACAACUGUUAACAUAGUUUUGGAAAGAACCUUUUUCUUUGCACGAACUCUUAGGUGUCUAAACAUACUCUUUUACCUGCAAUAUGUUUUUGCAUGCUCAUAGUUGUGCCUUUUUUAAAAACUACCCAGAAGGAAAAGACGACGGUGAAGAUGAUGUUUCUGAAAAAGAAGCUUCCUUUCGGAUAUAUUCCUGAGUGUAAAUGCCGUGUCCUGGAACUUCCUUACAAGGGGGACAAACUUAGCAUGAUAAUCCUGCUGCCUGAUGACAUUGAGGAUAACUCCACUGGCCUGGAACAGGUAAUUCUGAUUUCUCCCUUUCUUUCUCUAUAAUAAUUUUUUCAAAUGGCACAUUACCAAUAUUUUUUUAAAAAAACAACAACCUGUAUUUCAUGGUAUAUGCAUGUGAAAUUGACAUCAGAAUUUUUUUACUAUAUUAUUACUAUUAUUGAUUAUUACAGCUGAGUCUUCAUAGAAUUGUAGAGUUGGAAGGGACCCUGGGGUCAUCUAGUCCAACCCCCCUGAAAUGCAGGAACAUGCAGCUGUCCCAUAUGGGGAUCAAACCUGCAACCUUGGCAUUAUCAGCAUGGCACUCUAACCAGCUGAGCUUUGCAGUUGAUUGUCAAAGGAGUAUUCUUGGAUAACACAUGAAGCACUUCCAGAGACCUUCCACGCAGGAAGCAGGUCUAAGUGCUGUGGACUCACAACUCAGAGCUGUGAGCACCAAACUCACUUCCCGUAGUCAGCGGAGCACAGCAGAGCAUGAACCACACGAACGACAGCUUCUGUAGAAUAACUUCUUUUAUUCUGUACAGCUACUAUACAAACUAACUACAGACUAAAUGGAGACGCUGGACUGCACUGAGUGUUACAGCUGCAUGAGCAGCGACCUUAUCUAUACACAGAUAACACUCAGACUCCCCCUUUGAACUCAGGCUGGAGCGGAAUAAGUAAUGAGCAAAAUCCGCCCUCUCCUUUCUGAAACAUCAGCAGAUUCUUGCAAUGAAAUAUCCUCACCAAGGUCUUGGGUAGCAAACUCGUACCGGGUACCAUUCUGAGGUGGAGAUAAACAAAGUUAAAGUUGGGAUCCCCUUCUUGAAUAUUUAUUUCUCUGUUCUCUACUGUAAUGAGUAUGGUUGCUCGUGCGUAAGUUGCCGCCUCUCCUGGCUAUGUUGCCUUGUUAAACCUUUCUGUCUGGACAGCCCUUCACUUCGUGGCUGGCUGCCUCAGUCGCUAGCAGAAUCCAUCAGUGGGCGUUUCUUAAACCUUUUCCAACAUAAAAGUUGUUUGACGCCAAGUCUUCUCCUACUCUCCCUGCGUGGAAGUCUUCUGCGCAGGGAGGGCGUGGGUAGCAGAGGACCCGUGCUCUCCCCGCUGGUGUCUGGUGAAGAGUCCUGGAGCCCUCUCGCCGAUUCCCCCAUCUGCCCCCCUUUAUCCCUGGUGUUGCGCUGAUUUGCUUCCCCAUCUGCUGAGCUGCCUCUCUCCCUGCUGGGCCCUUCUCCAGCAUCAUUUGAGAGCCUCCCCUCCGCCUCUAGCUCCGAUGUCAGUUCCCUGACAUCUACAGACGCACCCUAGCUUUCCGUUCUGACUUUCUAUAUAAGCACUGCUGUUGUUGUUGUACAUGAAGUAGAUAUAUUUGAGCUGCGAUGGCAUAUUAAAUUCAUCCUCUCUCUCUCUCUUUAAAUUCUAGCUGGAGAAGCAGCUCACCUUAGGAAAGCUCCAAGAGUGGACACACCCAGGAAAAAUGUACAGCAACUCUGAAGUUAGGGUGCAUCUGCCAAAAUUUAAGCUGGAGGAGACCUAUGAUCUUAAAACUCCCUUGGCCGAAUUGGGAGUGCUGGAUGUCUUUGACAGCGGAAAGGCAGAUUUGUCUGGAAUGUCAGGAGCCCGGGACCUCCAUGUGUCCAAAAUUGUUCACAAGUCAUUUGUAGAAGUGAAUGAAGAAGGAACAGAAGCAGCAGCAGCAACCGCUGGUAUGAUAAUGCUAUGUAGUUUGCCUAUGGAAGAGGAUUUCAACGCUGACCACCCCUUCCUAUUUUUUAUCCGCCACAACCCAACAAAAAGUAUACUUUUCUUGGGCAGAUUUGCUUCUCCAUGA